CUCCCACUCUGUUUAGAACAUUUCCCGUAAACAACGCCGAACGCGAAAUGCGGUGCCGUUGACUGAAAUUACACGAAUUACAUAAAUGCGGGCAGCAUAGAAGCGCACAGUGCGCCGCAGGUCCUUCCGUGGCACAGCUCCCUGGUGGUCUCCUUCAGGUGAGCCGAGCGAGUGAAUUGCAGCCUUGGUGCUCCCAGCUCAACCAGCAGUGUUUGCAUUCAUUAAAAAUCCCGCAGCACGCAACCCGACAGCACCCCAAUUAGCCAGAUUUGCCCGCCUCUGCGCCGUGGCGACGUCAUCGCCAAGCCCAAAAUAAUUUGCAUUGGGGCAAGCCACAGCGACGGAGCAAAGUCGCAUUUGCAUUUGCAUUGCGCGCUCUCGAUGACGUUUGGCAGUACUGUUUGUAUAGCCAAAGGCUAGGCAUGCCAGAAGCACCACGAGGGAAACAAUGAGCUCAGUUCGAGUUCGAGACCAGAUGGCCCUGAUUAGCCCAACAAAAGCCAGCGCGUGAUGUCCACUUAGCACCUCGGAUUGUCAAUUUUCGGGUAAUAAUUAGUGCCACCAUGCAGCACAGCUCGGCGGGAAGUGAGGAGCGGAUCACCAGCUCGACCAGCAGCCCGCGGUCCGGUCACAAAUCGGCUGGAUCCCUGUUCGGCCUGCUGAGCAAGCGACCCAGCAAGGUGGAGCCCCACCCCGUGACGCCCGAGUCCCCGGCCAGCCAACGACGCCCCCUUUCCGCAUGCGGCCAGUACGAUGUCAGCUUCGCCAAGUGCAGCGCCGACUCCUCGGCCAACCACGUGAAUAACAACAGCAACCACAAAAGCCAAACCUUGCCGCUGGAGAAGUCCCACAGUGGCCUGAUCAGCUUCCACCGGCGCACAAAGCCGCCCUCCUCGAAGGGUAAGGCCCACGCGCACCGCCACAGCACCGACGCCGGCUCCCAGAGCGAUGGUGGCACGGAUGUGGUAAUGCGGCGCAAGUCCCCCAAGCACCGCUCUCCAAACCACAACAGAUUCAGCCACCAGUUCAGUCUGUGCUGCAAGGCUGAGAAGAAGCCCCUGACUCCACCGGUCACCGUGCGUUACAAUUCCAUACCGGACAGCAACAAUGUCCUACGGCGGGACAACCUCUCGCUCAGCUGGAGCAUGGUGGACAACAACUCGGUGUCCCUGCACUCCAGCGAAGGAUCUACCCAGCGACCGCGACCCUCCAGCGAGUGUGCCAGUGCCCCAGAGUCGCCGGUGGCCAGCAAAUCGUUUUUCCCACAGUGCAGUGGAGCAGCGGCCUCUGCCUCGGUGGCCAGGAGCGAAAGCUUGCAGCACAGAUCGCCCAUACGACCCAUUGCGGUCUCAGCUUGCCGGUCGAGGCUUAGACUGAAGCUCUACCCACCGGGACAGGAGCUACCUCCCUUGGACGCCGCCGAAGAACCGGGAGACAUCAAGAGAGCCACCACGCCGCAGCACAUGUCGUCGCCCAACAUUGCCACCCAACCGGAUGGUAUGGAUCCGAUGCAGGAACAGCUUGGGGUACGCUAUAUGUCCCAUGAAAACAUGACCCUGCAGCGCCAAGGAUCGGGCUCUAACCUGGCCAGGCAGACCUUGAUGGCGGCUCACGCCCUGAAUCUUAUACCGGCGGAGAAGGCCCGGGAACGCAGCUACCUGGACGGGCGACUUGGUUCCUCUUCCCUGCUCGGACCCAGUGAGCUGAGUAGGGUCUUGCCCCAGAAGGAGGUGACCAUUUUCGUGGGAACGUGGAAUAUGAACGGACACCAUCCGCCAAAGCAAAUGAACGACUUUGUGCUGCCGGCUAAUGUGGAACAUGUGCCGGAUAUCGUGGUGGUUGGCACCCAGGAGUCCACGCCAGACCGCUUCGAGUGGGAGGUGACCAUUCAGGAGACUCUAGGGCCCUCGCACGUGCUAUUCCACUCCACCACACUGGGAACCCUUCACCUGGCCGUCUAUAUGCGGCGGGAUCUUAUCUGGUAUUGCUCCGCCCCGGAGGAUGCUUCAAUGUCGGUGCGGACGGGAUCUGCCUUUCGUACCAAGGGAGCGGUGGCUAUAUCCUUUUGUCUGUUCGGGACUUCCAUGCUGUUUGUAACCUCCCACUUGACGGCCCACCAACAGAAGGUGAAAGAGCGGGUCUCGGACGUCAAGCGGAUCAUCAACGCACUAGAUCUCCCGCGGAAUCUGCCAAACCUACGACACAAAAACAAGGAUGUUACCCAGAACUUUGACAAUGUUUUCUGGUGCGGUGACCUGAACUUCCGCCUGGGCGAGCCGCGGGAGAAGCUUCUGGAGUGGAUUCAGAACACCAAGUUCCCGCUACCGUCGCAUCUGCCGCACGGCUACAUGCACACAGAUCAGUUGUCCUCCGUGCUGGCGGAUGGAGCCGCUUUUCGUGGAUUCAUGGAGGCAAACAUCACAUUUCCACCCACGUACAAGUACGAUCCGGGCAGCCAGAACUUUGACACCUCAUCCAAGCAGCGGGCUCCCGCCUAUACGGACCGAAUUCUCUACAAGUACCGCCAGAUGCAGGGCCUAGUUAUCCGGCGGCAGACGAUCGUUCCGGGCGUCUCCACGCCCACACAGCCCUACGUGCAGUGUCUGCUGUACGACUCUGUGCCGUCGAUAACCACUUCGGAUCACAAGCCUGUUUGGGCUCUGUUCCGAACGCUUAUUCGUGCGGGAACCGAUGCGAUUCCCCUAGCUGCUGGCCUCUUUAGUCGCGACAUUUACCUGGAAGGAAUGCGUCGGCGGCUGAAUAACCAAUAUACUGGAGCAUCGGCAGUCUGCGUCCUGCAGUAAACUAACCAAAG